CCAUUCAUUUCUCUCGAAGGACUACAGCAAUCAAGUUAUGAAUUGGAAUUGUUGCCCGAUUUCUUAUUAUUUAUAAUAUACUUAUAUUUGGCGAAAAAGCAAUAGCACGCUAUAUUUGAACCAGGAGAACUGCUUAAAUCUCCAUUCUUUCAUUUAAACCCGCUGUGUUCUGUUCACUGUGUUUGUAUACCUGUGCGUAAAAAAUUAAAGUUCACUGGAAGGAACAUUUUUCAAGUAAAUAUAACAGAGAGCGGCUCCGUCCUCCAUAUAGUGAAAUACAGAACGGAUUUACCUCACAAUUAUACACGUGCUUUACAAUGUAGAGUGAUUCAUUUUCGGAUACUUUUUUCCAAGUUCUAAACUUUUUACUUCCAUGGAAUUUCUUGUCUUGGACAGCUGAUAGCCACCAGCGAAUGUUUUAGAAUGUGAUUACGGUGAACCUCUUGUGUAGAGACUUUGGAAUCAGAUAUGAGGGAUAUAAUCCUGUAUACCUGCCUGUGUCUAACCUUACUUGGGGGACAGAGUGCAGACGGAAGCAGUUUAGCCAUUGGUUCAGAGGCCAAGAGGAAAUGCAAAGAAGCCAACAAAAGAUGCCCGAAAGAUGAGGUGUGUGCUAUACAACAUUUACAAUGGCCUAUGAAUAUGUCAUUUGCAGUGUGUGUACCAGCACAAUAUGUCAGAGUAAAAAUGAGGAUAUGUGAUCUUCCCCCUCAGCCAGGAGACUGUGGGGCCAGAUAUCUGAGGUGGUUCUAUAAUAAAAACAUCAAAGAGUGCACAUUGUUCUUCUUUCAAGGUUGUCGAGGCAACCAGAACAAUUUUCGAAGCAAGGACGAAUGUGAAGAAAACUGCAUUGCACAUUUUGACAAUAGCAUUCAAAAGAGCAAGAAAGACUUUCAAUCUGUUCGAAGUCCAAGAAUAGUGACUGAACGGCUGGUUGGAGACCAGGCAGUGGUCAGUGAGAGCAACCGCAUCCCUUUAGUGUCCGUUCGGUCAAGGGUUACUGACCCGCAUCAAAAAGAGUUGCGGAGAAAGCGUAGACUCGAGAGGAAGAAAUUAAGGCAGCUGAAAAGAAGCAGAAGAAAGGGUAGGAAAAGACGGCGUGAUGGAAAGGACAGAAAAGGAAAGAAAAGGAAGAACAGAAGAAGGAAGAAGAAGAAGAAUAAAAACAAGAAGAGAAAAAACAAAAAGAACAAAAGAAAGAAGAAUAGGUUGAACCCUACCACUGAAGGGCCCAAGAUUGAUUUGUCUAACAUAGAGGCGAAAUCAAAAUCUAUUACACCCAAAGACUUUGAACUGAUUUCUAUCAUUGACAAAACAAAGGACACAAUGAAGUCCAGUAUUGAAAAAAUCAAAUCGAAAGCGGACAACCAAAAAGAUUGAGGAUCGCAAUGGAACUAACUGAUUAAGUCUUGUCAAUACAUACAUGUACUUGUAGAAUGGUUGACAUGAAAACAAGAUAUAUUCAUGUUAAUGGAAUUUCUCACGUGACCAUCUAAACGAUGAUUGGUGAAAUUUAAUCACGAGACUGAGGAGCGCUACAUGACACAAUAUUAAUACAUUUGUAAUAUGAAUUUCAUUAAAAUGAAAUUUUUGGUAGAUAUUUAACAUGUAUUUGGUAUUUUAACCAUAUGCAUGUAUUUAAUUCUCAUCAAAAACUAUCCUUCUUCAGUUAGAUAUAUUUAAAUAUCCACAAACCAGUAUCUUUGUUGUAUUUUGAGUGUAUUAUAUAUGAUUUUAUAUGUAUUUAUGAGGGCAUUUUGGCAUGUCCAGUGUUUUAUUAUUUUGUUCUGUGAGAAGAUGUGUUUUAUAAUAAUAUUCUGCGUGUUAUUGUAUAACAUGGUUGUAAAUAUUACAUUUAAUCACAACUUAGCGCUGUGUAAAUUAUCAUUAUAUUUGUAAAUAAUUAUCAUUCAAUUCAUAUAUUGUUUAAUUUUAUUAUUACUUGAAUAUGGUUUAAAGUCAUAAUGGAAUAUUACUUUUGAAUAAAUUAUAUCUGUUUUUAAAAUAACUGUUAGUAUCAAGACGGAAACAUUUUGAUAGUGGACAUUGGGGAAAAAAUAUACAUAUAUAUCACAUCGCAAUAAAUUUUCUUCGAAUUGAGCAAUAAGGAAACAAUAAAAGUUAA